AUGCGUCUACUUGCUCAACGGCUUAUGUCUCCAGGCUCGAUGGUCGUGGGUGGUUUUGGAGAAGCACUCGCUCUGGCCAGAGAAGGAGGUCGGGCGUCUUUUGACGUAAUCACACCUGACCCAAGGAUCCGAAACACUUACUGGGGGAUGCUCAUCGGAGGAACUUGUAAUUGGCUGGUCAACGUGUUCAGUCAAUCCAACUUACAGCGUGUGUGCUCCCUGCCCUCUGAACGAGACGCCAAAAUGAUGUGUUACAUUAACGUGUUUCUCAACAUCUUCUACGGAACUACCGUGUUCUUUGUGGGUCUCAUCGUCUACGCGGGCCUUGCCUUUCUCAGAUGUAUUAACUCGCUGGCAGCUAACACGGUGGAGGACCUACUCCGAAGCCCGCUGAUCUCCUUCUCGGAAGCCACGGUCACUAUGAUCACUAAACUGACUGCUUUCCUGUUCGGUGGUCUGAUGGUGGGCCUGGCCUAUGGCAUGAGUUCCAUCCCGGGACCUCUAACCUCCAUGGCUAUCACAGUUUCUGGAUCAUUCGGCAGCCCCGUUUUAGCGAUUUACAUCAUCGGUUCUUGUGUUCCCUGGGCCAACAAAUAUGGCGCUUUGGUUGGUGGUGGCAUCGCGCUAGCUGUCAAUGUUUGGAUUAGUGUUGGACGCCAGUUUUACGGACGUCGACAACCUAUUUUGCCUUCACCACCCACAGAUGGAUGCAUCAACUUUGAAACACUCGGUUACCUACCUACAGGCAGCGGUAAUUAUAGUUUCGAUGGGAGUUUAUCAAACUUUACUGGCAACCCAUACACGUCGUUUCAAGACAUCUUGAUAACCGCAAACUCUUCAUCACAAUUCAACAACACGAACAUCAAUUUCUCCAACACCUCUUCUGCCGCGGAUCAUUUCACGUUUUUUGUGUAUGACAUAUCGUACGAGUGGUCGGCUUUCAUUGGGACCGUCGUUUGUAUUUUCUUUGGACUUUUAAUCAGUUAUGCAACGAAAAGUCUCGUCAAGUGCUGCCCGGAACCAAAAUAUAUCCUCCCGUCCCUGAGAAAGUUCUGGUACCUUCCUGAGUCUUCACUCGUACCCCAAGAGGAUUCGUACGACCAAUUCAAAUGCAAAACUGAUGAUGUGUAUUAG